AUGUUGUCGAGGAUGGAUAGUAAGAAGAAUAGUUUGGUUUCUGGAAACCAGAAGAAAUUGUUAAAGGAUGUUGACAUUAUGAAUAAAGCUAUGCACUUGGACAAAAAUGUUUCGAGGAGUUCAGUAUCUGGUUCGAAUUCGAAUUCUCGAGCUAAAACCACGGGAAAAUCUGUAUUUCCGGAUUCAAAACCAAAGGCUAAAGGAAGUAAUAAUAAUGAUGAUAAUGAUGGUUUGCAGAAGGAUAAAAGGUCUAUAUGGAAUUGGAGGCCAUUGAAAGCACUUUCGCAUAUCCGAAAUAAACGGUUCAAUUGUAGUUUUUAUCUUCAUGUACAUUUGAUUGAAGGGUUGCCUUCUACUUUUGAUGGUUCGAGUUUUUCUGUGUUUUGGAAGAGGAGGGACGGGGUUUUAGUGACUCGAUCAGCGAAAGUGAUUCAGUCUGUAGCUGAAUUUGAUGAGAAGUUGACUUAUACUUGCUCGGUUUACGGCAGUAGGAGUGGACCUCACCAUUCUGCAAAGUAUGAAGCAAAGCACUUUUUGCUAUAUGCUUCUCUUCUCAGUGCACCGGAGCUUGAUUUGGGGAAGCACCGAGUGGAUCUCACGAGGUUGCUUCCUCUUACUCUGGAGGAGCUUGAGGAGGAGAAGAGCUCGGGUAAGUGGACUACUAGUUUCAGGUUAUCAGGAAAGGCUAAGGGUGCUGUGAUGAAUGUCAGUUUUGGGUAUAUGGUUGUUGGCGAUAACGCCAGCACGACCAAAGAUGGUCAUAAUGCUCCUAAUGUAUUGACUUCGAGGCAGAGUGGUAGUCUUCCAUUGACGAAACCAGAUGUUAAACAGAGACAGUAUGAUGGAAGCAGCAGUGUGAGGCGUACUGGAAGUUUUCACGGUGCUUUACCCGUAGACGCUUCUCAAGGUAAAAACCUUAGCAGACUGUACUCGUCUCAAGCUGUAGAGUCGGUAAAGGAUCUUCAUGAGGUGUUGCCAUCUUCUAAGUCUGCACUAGCCAGCUCAAUAGGCGUCUUAUAUAAGAAAUUUGACGAGGAAAAAGAAAGCAGAUCGGUGGACAACAAACCUGAUCCUGAUUUGUCAAAAGAAAAUAUUGAGUUAAUUAAACCAGAUGCAUGUGCUUCAUCUGAUAUUGAAAAAGAAAUGCAGGAAGUGCAUGUAGAUAACGAUGGAAAUACAUCUCCAGUGCUUGACACACCUGAACUCGAUGUAUUUCAUGAAAACCUAGAGACAGAUAAACAAGAUGGCUAUCUUUUACUUGAUUCUGAAAAAGAAAACCCCGAAGACUGUCAAGAUAAGGAUUUUUUUGUCGUUGAUAAGGGUAUAGAAAUCUCACCAAUUGAACCCGUUAAAGUAGAGGAAUCAUUCACAGAGGCUUCUGAAGAUGCUUCUACAGUUGAUAGUUCUCUUAUCCUAGAUACUGCAGGUUUACAAGUUUCUUCCGAAGAUAGUUUUAUACAUGAUUCUCUUCAUGAGGCAAAUGACGGUUGUAAGGAUCACACGGUGGCCGAUGAAUCUGCUUACGAAGAUGAUGAUUUAUUCACAAAUGAACUGCUGCAAGAAUUAGAAGCUGCUAUAAAUAGUGUCUCAGAUUUGGAGACGGUGGCUCUAGAAUCUCCAAAAAAAUUGGAAUCUAGAACUGAAUAUAAGAUGAGAAAGACAGAUAGCUUAGACGAUGUUACAGAAUCGGUUGCAAAUGAAUUUUUAAGCAUGCUAGACAUAGACCAUAGUUCAGCGGGCUCAAAUUCUGGAAACGAGCCCGAGUCUCCGAGAGAGCUUCUGUUAAGACAGUUUGAGAAGGAAUCACUGGGUGGUGGCUUCUCUUUAUUUGAUUUUGAUAUGGACUGUGACAACGAAGCUGGUGAUGACUAUGAUGCCUCUACUGGAUCUGAGCAGUUGAAUUUCUCUGAGGCUAUUCAUUCAUCAUCCUUGUUCCAAAACCUGAACAAGGAGCAUCUCAUUGAGACUCGGGACGUUAAGGGCAAACAAAAGGCUCAAAUGCUAGAAGACUUGGAAACUGAAGCCUUAAUGCGUGAAUGGGGUUUGAAUGAGAAGGCUUUUCAUCAUUCUCCACCUAAAGACUGUAUUGGUUUUGGAAGUCCAAUUCAAUUACCACCUGAAGAGCUUCCCACAUUGCCUCCUCUUGCCGAGGGGUUAGGCCCUUUUCUUCAGACAAAAGACGGGGGCUAUCUACGGUCUAUGAAUCCGUCAAUUUUCAAGAACACUAAAGCUGGUGGGAGUUUAGUCAUGCAGGUUUCGAACCCUGUUGUUGUACCUGCAGAAAUGGGUUCUGGAAUAAUGGAAGUGUUACAGUGUUUGGCUUCGGUUGGUAUUGAAAAACUCUCAAUGCAGGCAAAGGAGUUAAUGCCACUGGAAGAUAUCACAGGGAAGACAAUGCAACAAGUUGCAUGGGAAGCUAUGCCGGCCUUAGAGGGAACCGAGAGGCCAUGUCAUUUGCGACAAGAUUCAGUAACAGGUCAAGAUACUACAUGUGUGCAAAGGGACUUGAACGGAACACCACCAUCUGGACCGAAAUCUGGCAAUUUUAAUUCAAGAUCAGUGGCCAACCAAACAGGCUCAGAGUUUGUUUCAAUUGAUGAUCUUGCCCCACUGGCUAUGAACAAAAUUGAAGCGCUUUCAAUGGAGGGAUUGAGAAUACAAUCCGGGAUGUCAGAGGAGGAGGCCCCAUCUAACAUCGUUGCACAAUCCAUUGGUGAAAUGUCAGCUCUCCAAGGCAAGGGCAUUAAUUUUAGCGGAUCCCUCGGCAUGGAAGGAGCUGCUGGUUUACAGUUGAUGGAUGUAAAAGACAGCAGUCACAGUGACAGUGUUGACGGGAUAAUGAGCCUUUCAUUAACUCUUGAUGAGUGGAUGAAGCUUGAUUCUGGUGACAUUGAUGAUAUAGAUAAUAUCAGUGAGCAUACUUCCAAACUUCUUGCAGCCCAUCAUGCUAACUCUUUCGACUUUAUCCGUGGGAGUUCAAAAAACGGAGAUAGGAGACGAGGCAAAGGCUCGGGUCGAAAAUGCGGUUUGCUAGGAAACAAUUUCACAGUAGCGUUAAUGGUGCAGCUUCGUGACCCUCUGAGAAACUAUGAGCCAGUUGGAACACCAAUGCUUGCUCUUAUACAAGUUGAAAGAGAGUUUGUUUUACCAAAGCAAAAAAUAUUUUGUAGUGUAUCCGAGUUAAGGAACUACAACAAUGACAAGGAUGAUGAGGGCAAUAUCGUAGCAAAGGUGGAGGAGAUCAAGGAUACAAAAAUAGAAGAGAAAAUUUCUGAAGCAGAACUCAUUCCUCAGUUCAAGAUUACUGAAGUUCACGUGGCAGGUCUUAAAACCGAGCCACAUAAAAAGAAGCUUUGGGGCACGUCGACGCAGCAACAAUCCGGUUCACGCUGGUUGGUUGCGAAUGGAAUGGGGAAGAACAGUAAGUUUCCACCAAUGAAGUCAAAGGCUGCAGGUAAAUCUGUUGCUCCGGUUACCACAAAGGUACAGCCUGGUGAAACGUUGUGGAGCAUUUCUUCACGACUUUUAGGUUCUGGAAAAAAAUGGAAGGAAUCGACAGCUCUACCGCAUAUAAGAAACCCGAAUGUCAUUAUACCAAAUGACACUGUUAGACUUAGUUGA